AUGGAAGACCUAGAAAAUAUGGCUGAAAUAGAUGAUUUUCAAACUCCUGCUAGGGUGCCAUUAGGUGAAGAGUUAAGUUCAGAUGAUAGUCAGUCAAGAAUUGAAUUUUUAAGAAAAGUUAUGGAAGAUAAAUUAUUAAUUACAUUCUGCAUCUCCUUGUGGUCCUCUCUAUAUUGCCUGGCAAGUGACAACAUUUCAGUUAAGGCAACAUCGGCCAAUAGUCCAUCAGCUGGUGGAUUUGCAAGAUUUACAUCCCCUGUUCCUGUGGUGGUGGUGCCUGUGAUUCCACUUGUUCCUCCUGAUUCUCUGGGUCAGAACAUUAAGACCAAAUAUGCCCCAGUGUUUGAAAGUGUUCUGGGAAAAGUUAAGAACAAAAGGGUACGGUUACAGUUAAAACCUGGAGCAAGGCCAAAGUUUUUCAAAGCACGAACUGUGCCAUUCGCUUUAAGGGCAGGAGUUGAUGCUGAACUGAGGAGGUUAGAAGAGUUAAAGAUUAUAACCCCAGUGCAUCGUAGUGAGUGGGCUUCUCCUAUUGUACCGGUAAGAAAGAAAGAUGGACAGAUCCGAAUAUGUGGAGACAUUAAGAUGGUGUUGAAUGAACAGUUAGCAGUGGAUAAGUAUCCAUUACCAAGAACAGAAGAGAUUUUUGCUAACUUAGCUGGGGGACAACAUUUCACUAAGAUUGAUUUAAAAAAUGCUUACCUUCAACUUGAAGUACAUCCAGAUUCCCGCAGGUUACUCACCAUCAAUACUCACCGUGGUUUAUUUCAAUAUAAUCGUAUGGUCUUUGGCAUUGCUCCUGCACCAGCCAUCUGGCAACGCACCAUGGAAGAACUGUUAAAUGGACUACCCUAUGUCCAAUGCCUUUUAGAUGACAUGUUAAUCACGGGCAGGACGGAGGAAGAACAUCGACACAAUGUAGAGAGGGUACUGCAGCGGCUAAUGACCUACGGGUUGAAGGUCAACUUGGAGAAGUGUGCUUUCAUGCGUGACAAAUUAGAAUUUUGUGGCCAUGUUAUAGAUUGUCAUGGUCUACACACUGCUGAUGACAAAGUCAAGGCCUUGCAAGAAGCUCCUAUACCACAGAAUGCAUCACAACUACGAUCAUACCUUGGUCUCCUUAACUAUUACCACUGUUUUCUUCCCCAGCUAGCCCAUACGUUACACCCACUACAUCAGCUUCUUGAGACAAAUCGAUCCUGGUUGUGGAGCAGUGAAUGCAAUAAAGCCUUCCAGGAAUCCAAGAACCUACUCCUGUGUUCCCGCAUGUUAAUGCACUAUGAUCUUCAGAAACCACUCAUGAUAGCAUGUGAUGCUUCGCCUUAUGGUUUAGGGGCUGUAUUGUCACACACAAUGCCAGAUGGGACAGACCGACCGGUAGCCUUUGCUUCCCGUUCUCUAACGACGGCAGAGAAGAACUAUUCCCAAUUAGACAAGGAAGCAUUGGCCAUUGUAUGGGCUGUUAAGAAGUUCCAUAACUAUAUUUAUGGGAGACAAUUUACUCUUUUAACUGACCAUAAGCCACUGCUGACCAUCUUUAAUCCAAGGAAAGGAAUUUCAACCACUACAGCGGCUAGAUUGCAAAGGUAUGCUCUAACUUUGGGGGCAUAUCAUUACUGCAUCAAAUACCGGGCCCAUGAUUUCCAUGGCAAUGCUGAUGCCAUGUCCAGGCUUCCACUAAUGAAUUCCUUACCAGUUGUUCAAGAAAGCCUUCCAAGUGUGUGUUUUACGGGUAUAGUACAUGCCAAACAAAUUGCAAAGGAGACAGCUUGUGAUACUGAAUUACAACUUCUGGCAAAGUAUUUGAGAGAUGGCUGGCCAAGAACUGGCUGUGAUGUGCAGCGAGCAUACAUACUACGAGCAAAAGAACUCACACUCAGAAAUGGAUGUAUUUUAUGGGGUGAGAGAGUUCUGGUUCCUAAUGGGCUAUGGCAAGCUACGUUAAAACUCCUUCAUGAAGGACACCCAGGCAUUGUCAGAAUGAAACAGAAGGCUAGAGGUCAUGUUUGGUGGCCGGCCAUUGAUAAGGACAUUGAGAACUAUGUUAUGGCAUGCAAAGGGUGUGUUCAAGCUCAAGGACAGCUUCCACGAGGAGCUGUACAACCAUGGGACUGGCCUACUACUCCUUGGGAGAGACUACAUUUGGACUUUGCCGGUCCUAUUGAAGGAAUCUCAUACUUAAUCAUAAUUGAUGCACACUCUAAGUGGCCAGAAGUAAUUCCAAUGACAAGGACUACAACUACUGAAGUCAUAUCAGUAUUAGAAAGACUGUUUUCAGUAUUUGGGUUGCCAAGAAAACUGGUCACAGACAAUGGUCCCCAGUUUGUGUCACAAGACUUCCAGAAUUUUUUACAUACGAAUGGAAUUCACCAUCAUCGGACGGCACCAUAUCACCCAGCCACCAACGGGCAAGCAGAGAGAUUUGUCCAAACCUUUAAAAGGGCACUGAAAGCGCUAAAAGCAGAGAAGCAGGUUAAUACUAAAAACAUUUUACAAUUUUUGCAACACUUUUUAGUGGAUGGAGUACAAGAUGAUUCACAAUCUCACAUGGCGUUAAAAGAAACUGCUGUGGACCUACAGGGAGCUGUUUGUUCAAUACUCACCUACCACCUUGAAGUUGGGACAAACAGCUGA